ACCAGUGCGUGCGCCUUUACAUUUCAGUCACGCACCACUGUGCUCCGAGAGGAGAUGAACCAUAGAGGAUAUACAUAUUUUCAAACGCAUGUAGCUCGUAUCCGCUGAAAAAAAACAGGGCAAUAUUAAUUUGCAUCGGUGCCUUUACUAAAAAAAAUAAAUAAAUAAAUGAAAAAAACUGAUUUAACACUCGGGUUUAUUCUAGACGUAUGGAGCGCUUAAUUCUGGAUAAUAUCUGCAUUGCCUGCCUUCCACCGAGCCGCUGCAUUUCGUCGAGACGAGUAGCGCAGGAUUUGCGUUAAAUACCAAGAAUUUCCGACGGGACUUUUCUUUCACAAUCCACCCGCUUGCGAAAUUAAUGAAGUUAGGCGAUUUGUAGAUGAUAAUAGUCCACGUUUUGCGCUUUCUAGGUUGCAGCUGAGAUCGCAUUCGAUGAGAAACAGCAAUGCUCCUCAACCAAGACCAAUGAGGGCUGCGGGCACAGUGCUGUGAAGUAGCCUAGGGAGGUGAUGGACAAUGUCCUCUCCAUCGAUUGCAAGGGAUCUGCGCCCCCGGUCCUGAAUGCGGCGGGGAGACAGAGCUAACCUGGGGUUCCUGGUGCCCGAGCUUGUGGAUGCUGCGCCGAAGAAUGGGCUACUCCGACCCAUCGUCGGGUAAAGAUUUACUCGGCAAUAGAUCUCUUUGUUUCAUAUUUAUUUGCGCAUUUGGACUCGUCACACUAUUGCAACAGAUUCUCUAUGGGAAAAACUACAUCAAGAGUGCGCAACAGUUUAGCCGACUCAAAGGGGACGAGACAGGAAAUUGGACCGGUCCCGUUAAUUUCUCGGAUGACGGAUCUCUGAAGCCCGCCAGAAAUGGGAAGAAAAGAUGUUUCCGUCAGAAUUUUCAGCCAGAUUCACAGAUCUCCGUAAUAGUCACACCCUGCCUAGCCGAUAUUAAGAAGACAAAAAAACGCUCUCAAAGGUAUUUGGACACAUACGAUGGCGCCUACGACUACAACUCCACUGCAUGCAAAGAGCUCAGGCAGGAGAUCAUGGAUGUUAAAGUCCUGACAAUGGUGAAAACCUCCGAGCUGUUUGAGCGAUGGAGAAACCUGCAAGUGUGUAAGUGGGAGCAGAACAAAGUCGAGACCAGCAACUUCAAGAUGUCUCUGUCUCGGUGCUGUAAUGCUCCUUCCUUCCUGUUCACCACCAAGAGGAACACACCUGCAGGGACCAAGCUGAGGUAUGAGGUGGACACCAGUGGCAUCCUCCCCAUCACCACUGAGAUCUUCAAAAUGUUCCCAGAUGAUAUGCCGUAUGCUAAGUCACAGUACAAGAAAUGUGCUGUUAUUGGAAACGGUGGCAUCAUCAAGAACAGCAAAUGUGGAAAGGAGAUUGAUUCAGCAGAUUUUGUGUUUAGAUGCAACAUCCCACCCAUCAAUGAGAAGUACUCAGCUGAUGUUGGCACUAAAACAGAUCUAGUGACGAUAAAUCCAAGCAUAAUCACCGAGAGGUUUCAGAAGCUGGAGAAGUGGCGGCGCCCGUUUUACGAAGUCCUCCAGAAUUACGAGAACUCCUCUGUGGUUCUCCCAGCCUUCUACAACACCCGCAACACUGACGUGUCUUUCCGUGUCAAGUACAUGCUGGACGAUUUCGACUCCCAGAGAGGCGUGUUUUUCUUCCACCCCCAGUAUUUGCUCAACGUGCAGCGCUUCUGGGCCGUGCAGGGCGUCCGGGCCAAGCGGCUCAGCAGCGGCCUGAUGCUCGUGACGGCGGCCUUGGAAAUGUGCGAGGAGGUCCACCUCUAUGGCUUCUGGGCAUUUCCCAUGAACCCCUCAGGCAUCUUCAUCACCCACCAUUACUACGACAACGUCAAGCCGCGGCCAGGCUUCCACGCCAUGCCCCAUGAAAUCUUCAACUUCCUGCACAUGCACACGCGCGGGAUCAUCAACGUACACACCGGGCAGUGCAGGUGAUCGCUCACAGCGCCCACCUGAGAUCUGCUCCCUCUGUUAUCAUGUGUCGUGGAGGCUCAACGUUUUACCCUUUCGUUCUCAUGUUUUCGUUUUAUCUGAUGGAUUGUUAUCGGUGAGUGCCAUGGCUCAGUAUUUCCUCCCUGUUGACAAAGAGAGAUGGCCUUUGGAGCGCACGCCUCUGUGCUCUCCGCGAUCGCGUUACAUGUCGAAGGUUGCUUGCUUUAACGCCAACAUUAUGAUUUCUCUACUUGGUGUGUAACUUUAACUUUGCUCACUUAGCAGAUCCGAUGACCGUGGUUAUCUUUGACUCUCCGACCAUAGGAUGCUUGUUUUUAAUGUGAAAAGUGGUCUUCCUAGUGAUGUCGUUUCCGUGACGUUUUCUAGUGGCUCAGUGGUACCGCUGUACAGAGAUGUUGUUUUCUACUCAACGUUGCACAAAUAUUUAUGCUGAAACAGGGCCACGGUGGAUGUCCAUCUUAUUCUAUCUCAUCCCCCCUGUGUUUUUUUUCUCUCUUUCUCUCUCUCUCUCUCUCUCUCUCUCUCUCUCUCUCUCUCAGACACUCUGUGGGUGUGGCAGCUUUUAAUGUUUGUGUAGAAAAAACUCAAAGCCUGAGUCUUGAUAUUGAACUAAUCCAAAAAGAAAAAAAGAAAAGAAAAAAAAAGGAAAAAAAGUAAUUUCCAAUUACCUAGCUUUGUUAAUCUAUUUCUUGGUCACCAGAUUCACAGGUGAAUAUUUUAAAGCAACUGCUACUCUUCCUGAAACGGCCUUUUUUUCCUCCAGUGGCCUAGUUUCUCCCAUUUGAGGAAAGCACCAGAAAAUUUCCUGUGAUACUUUGGGUGUAAAAUGGUGGGGGUAGGGGAGGGGUAUUUUUUUGGCUUGUCAUAGUUUUGGACAAUAGCCGGAUAAAUAUUUUAUAACAACACCACCAUAGCAAAUCUCUGACCUCCAAGGCCAUCCUAUUAGUCGAGCAUCACGGAGCACUGUUGAGCGACCCAGCCUCUCGCUGUCAUUCAUGUCUUAAGCCAUGCUGCCUUAUGAGAUAUCAAACCCUCUAUCUGAUAUGCAGUUCACUAAUGUGUAUUGCUUAUCUAAAGUACAUUCAUGUCAAACCCAAUUCUUACACUGUUACCCGAAUCCAGGGUCAUUUGAGACCCCUUACAAAUACAGGAAUCCACGUGCGAUUAGUUCUCUUCUUAUAUUAUCCUGGAAUUAGCAAAGUCCUGUUCCCUGUAAGAUAGAACUCCAUUCAUAAUCAUAUAAUGCUGUGCAUGACUUUACUCUAUACUUGGCUUUGUGUGUGCCUGCUUAAAUGAUCACUGAACUAUGUUUACACUUAAGCCUCUACUGAAGCUCACAGUGCUUUUGGACAUAUAGACAAACCGUAUCACAAAAAAAAAAAAAAAAAAAAAAAAAAAAAAAGAAUGGAUUUACAGAAGUGAAUUGUAUAAUAUUGGAUGCAAUUUUUAUAGAUGACAGAUGAAGGACUGAAAGUGGUUGUUGCCCCUUUGUAAAGCUGACUACGUUUACGACUGCAGCAUUACAUCAUCUCCCCCUUUAAAACAUUCAGUUUGUACACUUGAAAGCAGUGUGCAUUUGAGCACUGAAAUACUGUAUUUUUUUUUUUUUUUAAUUUUUAAUUAUUUAUCUCUAUCUCCGAGGUUUCAAGAGAUAAAUUAAACAGCUCAAAAGCAUUUUUUUUUGCCAUUCCUCUGUUCAUGCUGUGCCAUCUGCUUGUCUUUCAAAUGGUUUAUAUAUUUGAAGGGCAUGCCACGGUGUUAAAGGAUUUCUUCUGUGAUUCAUUCAGAUUCUGUUUAUGUUCACAAGAGAUAUGAGUUAAAUAAUAUGAGCACACAAGAAAAAAAAAAAAAGAAAAAAAAGGAAAAAAAAAUUGGGUUGAAUUUUAGAACCACUGACUUGUUUUAUAGAUGACACAGUUGAAUAAUGAAUGGAAGACGAAGGGAACUGGUCUGUGUUCUGGAUGGAUGGUAAUAUAUAACACAGUGCUUCUUACUGAUUCUGGAUCAUUCUUUAUACUGGUAUUGUGUUUGUAAAUAAACUUGUUUGGAUUUUC